CAGAAAGGCAUAUCCAUCUUAUAGUUCAUAGUGUCUCUUUUUCCAUGUUUCCUUUAUAUUACUGAAUGUUUACUCCAGCUCGUUGGCUUGUGACACUUCUGUUGCAUAACUACAAUGCGAUAAGAAAGAAGCAUACGGGCUGAAGUACUGCUGGCUUGCCCGCUCGUAGGUAAGAGCAGUCAAAAAGCGACGGAUGGCUUCGAACCACAGAUCAUUCAGACAGCUGCUCACGUUUUGGUUUCCGACUAUUUCAAGUCAUCAAAGCCUCCCCGUUGAUUGAUUUUGUCAAUAUAGUUUACUUAUACGCAUAAUUUUCUAAAGACACUUUUACCUUUUUGUACAGCCGAUGUGUGAAGACUUCUCGUGUACCACUGUAGUUGCCUUAUAGUGCAUCCAGGCGCAUGCUUCGCAAUGGGGAAUUGCUUUGGCAUUUUCGGAGACACUGGUCCUCUGCUGGAUAAUGUUGAAACAGAUGACACUUUGGACACCGAGACGGAGGAAGGGUUUGCAACACAAUCGCCUGUUUAUCACCCUCAUCCUGGUCUGGCCAUCCCAGCCUCUCGGUUGACUGAAGAAGAACAAGUCCAGAUAGCCAAGCGGAUGGAUAUGAUACAAUUUCUCCCUUCUGCCAGUUACGUUCCCACAAACAAGGAUAGACUCAAAGAAUGCAUCAUUUGCAUGUGUGAUCUGAAGCUGAACGAUGACGUGCGCUAUCUACCUUGCCUACAUACGUACCAUCGAGCAUGCAUUGAUGACUGGCUAAUGCGCUCUUUCGUAUGCCCGUCUUGUCUUCGGCCUAUCGAACUCGAUAUGAUCCUCGAAUCAAAUAGGACUGCCCCCAAGGAAACAUGCUGCGAGUCCACCACAGAAGGAAACAGGUGCUCGCUUAGUCGGCAGUCCUCCGAACCAGAUGAAAACGGAACUCAUGAAGCAGUGCAUACUGCCUCUCCGAUUGUGAUAUCAGCUCAUGUUACUUCGGAAACUGUAGAUCGGUAGCCUAAGGGAUUUUUGCUCGACGUUUCUUUGAGUUCACUUGUCAAGGGAGUGAUGUGUGCAUCCUUGCAUUAUUUCUUUUUGGCCCUUAACCGGCCUCCAAGGUUGGUUUGUAAUAUAACUAAUCAUAUGGAGCUAUCGUGAUGCAACCCCUCCUGCUCUGUUUUAUCUACCGUCUGUCUUUCAUUCUACCGUGUUUGGAGUUGCCCUCGUUUUAAUUCAGUCAGUUUUUCAGUCAAUUACGAGGAAGACUCUCUUUGUGAUCUGCUUUAUCAUGUUUUUUUUCAUUCUGCUUCCUCUCAACCCUUUGUCAACACCGUCUUUUCCAUUCUACUCAACCACUGAUCAAUUUUCAUCCAAAAUCUCAUUAUGUGCGUACAGUUUAUGUGCCAUUUUAGUCACACAUGCUUGCUUUCAUUGGUCGGUAUAGUGAGGCCACCCAAUUAAAUCGUG